AUGUCGCGUGGCCCUACGGCAGGCACCAGCACGUUUUCCCGUUCGCGUUUAAGCUGGUCCUCCAACUGGCCGAUAGUGUGCCGUGCCAGCUCGAGUUGCUUCAUCUCCUGCCGCCUCUCCGCCAUCUGCUCCUCAAACAAGGAGGCCCUAAUUUUCAUUUCCUCAAUCUCGGCGUCCCUUCGCUUUACUGUGCCUUUCGCCGCAUCAAGCCUCGUUUUGAGCGAGACAAUUUGCUCCUGUUGCUCCUUCUUCACGCCCCCGCCUUGGCCUUGA